UAAUCAGCAAUAGUCCAGGAGUAAGAGAAUGUCACUGUCUCUUUACAUAUGAUUCUGCUGUCUACUUAUUUGGAGGUGAUAUCAAAUGGGAGAAUAGUACAGUAAAUUCGUUUUUUCAUAAAGCAAAAAUGCCAUUUACUACCUCUUCAAUUCCAUGGGAAGUCCUUGAUACUACUAAUGCCAUUAAUACUUGCGAUAUAACAUGUAUCGUCGAACCUUCUUUGAGUUUGCUAUUAGUCAUUGGCGGGUCAAAGCCACUAAGUUACAAUGGAUUCCAAGUUUAUAACUUUACGUCAAAUAUUUGGAAUGAUGCUCUAAACUUGAUUGAUUAUCCUACAAAAAUUGGAAGAAUUUUUCAACCACGAUCUGUUUUAAUUGAACCAAGAGUUAUACUCAUCUGGGGUGGUUUACCUUAUGAUUCUCGAUUUCGUUUUAUUUAUAAAUUGAACAUGACAGUAAAUCCAUGGAAAUGGGAACAGAUCGAUCAAAAUGCAAGU